CGAACCCAGAUUUUCUUCCCUCUGUAAAAGGUUUUACAAGAAACAAGAAAAAAACCAAUUCAUUUCAACCCCAAAAUCCCUUCUUUCUCUCUCCCUCUCUGUCUCAUCACUACCUUCCAUGACAUGGGCUGGGUGGGUUAUGAUUGAGUGAAGCAGACAAAGCUUCCUAAACAUUGUCCCCAUCUCUCCUCUUCCUUCUCUCCACAAGGGCACACAACCCACUGGGUGGCCCACUACCAGUCAUAUCUUUCUUCCCCCCUCCUCUUAAGCUCUUUCAUUUUGAUGUUUUUUUCUCAAAUUUUCCCUGAAAAUGUGGGAAAGUGAGACAAAAUUAAAUUAAAUUUUAGAAAGGACAGUGACCCAAUUUAUUCCUUUUCCUCUUCUUGCCCCAGCCAUUUUCUUGCUAUUAUUUUGGUUGCAACACUCUCAGAAAAUGAGGAAGCAUGGAUGGCAGCUCCCUUACCAUCCCCUCCAGGUGGUAGCUGUUGCUGUGUUUGUGGCAUUGGGGUUUGCUUUCUAUGUAUUCUUUGCUCCUUUUGUUGGGAAAAAAUUGUUCCAGUAUAUUGCAAUCGGCCUCUACACUCCUCUUAUUAUAUGUGUGUUCAGCCUAUAUAUUUGGUGUGCAGCAGCUGAUCCUGCUGAUCCCGGAGUCUUCAAGUCGAAAAAGUAUCUUAAGAUUCCUGACAGCAAAAAGCAUGCUCGGCUCGAGGAAUCUAAACUAGGUGGGGAAUCAACUUCAUCGAUACAGGAUGCAACUGCUACAACAAUUGGGGGGAAAUCUUUGGAUAAAAACACAAAGGAUAUGGAUACAACAGCAGAAGAUUAUGCUAAUGAAAUUGAGACUAAAAAUGCAUCAUCACAAUAUCCAUCUGGUUUUAUGGCUCUGUUCGCUUUUCUUCCUUGUGCUUUUAUGUGCAACUGCUCAAGCCCACAUGAAGAAUCUUCUGAGCAACAACUGAGUGAAGAUGGCAUGUUCUACUGCAGUUUGUGUGAAGUAGAGGUUUUCAAGUACAGCAAGCAUUGUAGAGUUUGUGAUAAAUGCGUAGACCGAUUUGAUCAUCACUGCAGGUGGCUCAACAAUUGUAUAGGCAGAAGGAACUACCGGCAAUUUUUUACUCUCAUGGUUUCUGCCCUUGUCUUGCUUAUACUUCAAUGGUCAACUGGAAUCAUUGUACUAAUCUGCUGUUUUCUUGAGCGGAAGAGUUUCUCUGUGGAUGUCACUACCAAGUUGGGAAGCAGUUUCACUGUGGUACCCUUUGUUAUUGUGGUGGUUGUGUGCACCAUUUUGGCUAUGAUUGCCACUCUGCCACUCACUCAGCUUUUCUUCUUUCACAUUCUUCUCAUAAAGAAGGGUAUCAGCACAUAUGAUUAUAUCAUAGCCUUGAGAGAGCAAGAGCAGCAAGGGGUUGGAGGUCAGCAAAGUCCUCAGUUGUCACCUGCCAGCUCUCUCACUGGGUUAAGCAGUGCAAGUUCCUUCAAUACUUUCCACCGAGGUGCUGGCUCGUGGUGUACACCUCCACGCAUGUUUCUUGAAGAUCAGUUUGACGUGUUUCCACCAGACACUGGAUCUGUGAGUUCAUUAGGUAAAAAGAUGGUCAGUGAUGAGACAAUCAAGAAAAAGAAUACUGCAGCUGUGAAGAUCAGUCCGUGGACACUAGCACGCCUAAAUGCAGAAGAGGUUUCAAAAGUUGCCGCGGAGGCAAGAAAAAGAUCGAAAAUACUUCAGCCUGUUGUGAGACGGGAACCUCCUUUUGGCCUAGAAACAGAUAGCAGCUUUGGCAGCAGUGGUCGCCGAUUGGCCCCAAAACCCGACAACAACAAUAGUCGAAGGCGAGCUAGUAAGCGAGUUCGCCUCCCAGCAGAAUUAAUACCCCUUCAAACCCUUUCAAAUGUUUCAGCUAAAGCUGCUGAAAGCAAUGUGAAUGAUCUCAUCACUGAGACAUCAACCAGUUUGGCCCCUCUACAGCUUGAGGCCCGGAGUGCUUUCCGAACUAGUCGAGCUAUGUCAAGCACAACUGGCAUUGUUGCUUCAUCUCCAGAGAGCAGUUUGGACUCCCCUGAUCUCCACCCAUUCGGGGUCUCCUCAUCAGGCACUGAAGAGGUACAGAGGCUCACAGGCCUAUCUGUUGCUGGUGUUGUGACUCAGAAAGAAACACCUCUGUCAAGGUCAACAAGUGAUGGGUAUGAAGCAUCUGGUGGGGAAGAUAGUGACAGAGUUCCUUCAAGGAUUGUGCAGAGGACGACAAACUGGAGUAAUCUCUUCAGCUCUGACCGGGAUGAGAGGUUGGUUAGAUUGAAGGCAUCAACUCCCUCCUCUAGCCAGGCUAACAAUAGAAAUCUUUGAACAAUAGAAGUUUUUAUCGAAUUGGGUUGCUUUGAUUUGAUUCUCUAUCAGGCGGGAGACAAUUAAGAUUUUUUCAUUUGUUGGAGAAAGAUUGUUCUUGUUCAAGCGCUACCGACCUGAUUACAUUGGCAAUUAGGUUUGAGAUCUUGUUGGAAACAAAGGUUGUUCGGAGAAGGCAGGAAAGUUUUAGUGGAAGGUAAUGUAAUUUUGUUUUGAUUGCAGCCUCUGUUCUUCAUUUGCUGCCCCAGAUAAGGACGUCGGAUUAAAUCUGUUUUCUGUACAGAAAAGCUCAAUUUCUCCUCUGUUUAGGUUUUUUAGUUGAAGUAUUAUCUUUUCAGCAGAAAACCCAUAAAACUAGUCUUUUGUAAUCUUUCUCUUAAUGAUCUAUGCCGCUGACGUUGUUCUGUUCUGCUAAGUGUAAUUUUGUAUUGAAAUGUUUAUUCUGUGUUUUUUC